AUGUCAGAUUCCAACACAACCCACUUCACCAAUCCCUCCACUUUCAUCCUACUGGGCAUUCCUGGCCUGGAGGCGGCCCAUGUCUGGAUCUCCAUCCCCUUCUGCACCAUGUACAUCAUAGCCAUCUUGGGGAACUUCACCAUCUUGUUCAUUGUGAAGAGGGAGACGAGCCUGCAUGGGCCCAUGUACUAUUUCCUCUGCAUGCUGGCCAUCACCGACCUGGUCCUGUGUACGUCCAUCCUGCCCAAAACACUGAGUAUCUUCUGGUUCAAUUCCAGGGAGAUCGAUUUCAGUGCCUGCCUCACCCAGCUGUACUUCAUUCACUGCUUCUCAGUGAUAGAGUCUGGGAUCUUUGUGGCCAUGGGUUUUGAUCGCUAUGUGGCCAUCUGCCAUCCCCUGAGACAUUCCACCACCCUGACAAACCCUGUUGUGGCCAAGAUCGGCCUGGCUAUGGUACUCCGCGGUGGCAUGCUUGUAAUGCCACAUCCCUUCCUGGCAAGGUGGCGGCCAUAUUGCAGAACCAACAUCAUCUCUCACACGCUCUGCGAGCACAUGGCCGUGGUGAAGCUGGCUUGUUCUGACACUCGCAUCAGUAGUUACUACGGCCUCUUUGUGGUAUUCUGCGUGCUCGGUCUGGAUGUGUUUUUUAUCACCAUGUCCUAUACCCAGAUCCUCAGGGCCAUCUUCAUUCUCCCCACAAAGGAUGCCCGGCUCAAGACUUUUGGGACCUGUGCCUCCCACCUCUGUGCCAUCUUAGCUUUUUAUGUCUCAACGAUUUUCUCCUCCCUCACAUACCGGUUUGGCCAGAAUGUGGCCCUGCAUUUCCAUGUUCUCAUUGCCAAUGUGUACCUCCUGGUGCCCCCCAUGCUAAACCCCAUCAUCUACGGGGUGAGGACCAAACAGAUCCGGGACAGGCUGCUCCACCUCUUUACUCAUAAAGGGACCUAA